AUGCCUAUCAAUGAAACAUCUCGUCUCCUACGUCGAUCCUCCGAGGAGGGGAGACCACCAGUAGGGAAUGGUCACACUAGUAUCAAAACUGGUCCAAAUUUCAAGGCCAUCUUCCGAAUCUUACGGCCAGGCUUCACAAAAAAAUACAACUUUUGGCUAUUCUCAGUUUUUGGCUUCUUCAUGGCCCUUUUCUGUUUUGCACGACUUAAGUAUCUAUCCACAACCGUUUUAGAAGCCGAGCUUACGCCGGGCGAUUGGUACUGGUUCCGCGAUGGCACAUUGCACAUUGGAUUCAUGCUGCACCUUGCCACCAUGUUACCAGCCGGACUCUUGAUGAUCUUGCAAUUUGUUCCUCGUAUUCGGUACAGGUUCAUGCUAUUUCAUCGUCUCAACGGCUAUGUCGUGAUCAUCCUGGCAUUGAUUGGCAACGUAACGGCCAUGAUCAUUGCCCGCCACGCCUUUGGUGGUGAUAUGGGAUCUCAAACAUGCACCGGCUUUUUAGCCCUUGCCUCAACAGUCGCCAUGAUGUUAGCAUGGUGGAAUAUUCGGUGCUUGCAGAUUGAUUUGCACCGCGCAUGGAUGCUGCGCGCUAUGUUCUGGAUGGGAUCUAUUGUUAGCACACGAGUCAUCAUGCCACUCAUGUCCAUCAUCCAGACGGCACUAGGCGGUUAUUUUGUUGCCUGGCCAUGUGAUGAGAUUCGAUUCAUCCUGGCCGAUCGCGAAGACUUGAUGAUGUCCCAGUUCCCGCAAUGUCUCAUGCCCAAUGGCACGACUAGCGGCUGGGUUGCGGUGGAGGGUGAUUUGGACUUUUCGAAUCCAGUCGGAUUGGGCGCAAUUUUCAACAGUAAUUUUGGAGCGGCGUUAUGGCUCGCGUUGAUUCUACACAUGAUUGGUGUGGAGAUUUACUUGGCCAUGACACCAAUAGAGAGCGAGAGACUUCGCAAGGUAAGCUACGAACGACAACUAGCUGCUGGUUAUGAAAACCCGGGUAAUUGUGGUACAACUGUGUCAAAAUGGGGAGAUGUUGGUCCUAGGGAACCCGCUUGA